AGAGGACAAGGGUUGGAAAAGGAGCAGCUGUCUAGGCUAGACCAUGCAGGUGCUGUCCUUGGUUGGUCUGCUGCUGCUCCUGCCAGGAUAUUUCUCUGACCUGAAUGGCCCUAAGAUAGUGUAUGCAGUCCGAGGGAGAUCAGUGCCUAUCCAAUGCAGAUACAAUGAAAGGUAUAACGGGAAUCCAAAAUAUUGGUGCCGAGAAAUGAACAGUAGAACCUGCAACAAAAUUGCUCAGACUUUAGGUUCAGAAGAGCCCGUGAGAAAAGAAAGAACCUCCAUCAGAGACAACCAUUCAUUACACCAGUUCACAGUGACAAUAGAUGAGUUGACUGAUGGUGAUAUUGGCAUAUACAAAUGUGGGGUGAUUGUAAAGGGAGGCUCUGAUUUGACGGUUCCUGUUAAUGUGACAGCAACUACCAGAAAACCAGACAAUUCAGAGCAAAACAGAGAUGCCUUUUCCAGGUUGGAUUACAGCUCCAUCAGUUACCUGAUUUAUGUGUCCUUCCUGGUUUCAAUUGGCUUGAAACCCUUCAUCUUCCUGUGUGUGGUCUUAGCCAUUAUCUGGAUGCACAAAAGGACCAGAUAGCUUUCUGAGGGACAUCAGAGACAUCACUGUGAGAACCACCACUACUUCCUAUCUGAACAAUGACUCAACCCAACAAGGAGACAGGAAACAAACUAUGCAAGCAAGCACUCUGCUGUGCUUCAACUUUUUCAUCUGCAAGCGAUCUCUUUGCAUAGGAUCCAAAGAGCCCAUUGAGUCUCUAAGUCCCUGUACAUUUGUCUACUCUAAAUCAGUGAUCAGUCAUGUUCUUUUUUUUGCUGACAUUCUUUGGCACCUUAUCAUCAGCUUGACUUAGAAAUUAUAC